AUGGUUUAUGGACAGUUCUACCACAGAGACAGACUAUACCUGGAGAUGAUCAAUAUUAAUGUUGGGGGCCUGAAACAAAAAGUCGAGCAAAAGGCAUUGUUAAAAUUCCCAGAGACCAGGUUGGGAAAGCUACUGAGAUGUUCCUCGAGGGAGGACACCCUUGAAUUGUGUGAUGACUACGAUGUGCACACAGAUGAAUAUUACUUUGACAGAAAUCCAAGUUUCUUUCACUACGUCUUGAAUUUCUAUUCCACGGGCAAGCUUCAUGUGAUGGAGGGGAUUUGUAUAUUCUCAUUCAACCAAGAGAUUGAGUACUGGGGAAUUGGUGAGAUCUCUAUCCAUCAUUGCUGCAGGUUCAAGUACCAUGAACGGAAAGAGAAUAUAGUUGAGAAAGAAUUUGACACACAGAGUGAUGAUUUGAGCUUAACAGGUUCUGAAGAUGCCAGCACCAUCCCUCAACAAAUGGAGAGUUUUAAGCGUAUGUGGUGUGGCAAACAGAGAGAAAAAUUGUGGCUCAUUUUAGAGAAUCCAGAAUAUUCCUUUGCAGCCAAGGCUUUUACAAUAUCCUCGUUAGCUAUUGUCUUGCUUUCCAUUGUGACAAUGUGUGUUCAUAGUCUGCCUGAAUUCCAGGAACAACAGGAAGGCCUUGGCUUCCUGAUUGUUGAAUCUACCUGUAUUGCAUGGUUUAGCUUUGAAUAUGUAGCAAGGUUAAUGAUCGCCCCAUAUAUUUGCAAAUUCCUCCAAAAUCCACUGAAUAUCAUUGACUUUUUGUCAUUUCUACCAUUCUACCUCACCCUGGUAGUAGAACGUAUAGAUGAUGAGAGCUCAGAGCUGGUGAACAUUGGCCGAGUAGUACAAGUGCUUCGGUUGAUGCGUAUCUUUCGGGUCCUGAAGUUGGCUCGUCACUCCAUUGGAUUGAGAUCACUUGGGGCUACUUUCAGACACAGCUAUGAAGAGGUAGGGCUCUUGAUUGUGUUCUUGACUGUGGGUAUUGCCAUCUUCUCAGCCCUCAUCUAUUCAUCAGAGAAAGAUGAAAAAGAAACUGGUCUUCACAGCAUUCCCAUUGGAUGGUGGUGGGCAACCAUUAGCAUGACCACUGUUGGUUACGGUGACACUUACCCAGUCACAAUACAAGGAAAGCUCAUUGGCAGCACCUGCAUCAUCUUUGGCUUAUUGAUGGUGGCUUUGCCAGUUAGUGUCAUUUUUAACCGAUUUUCAAAGUAUUAUCGACGAGAACAAGCCAUUGAUGUUGUGAUUCGCAACCAAGAGCUAAGAAAGUUGGCUGCAGGUCUACCAUGUGUCAAUAUCAGGGACAUUUAUGUGAAGAAGAUACGCUUAAGUUCAAAGACCGAUACAGUGGACCAGAACAGUGUAUGUUGUGAGAAACAGAGCUCUCUAGUGUCCUCAAUCAAACAGCAUGUAGAUACUGAGCAAUGCUCCCAGAAAUAA